UUAUAAUUCUGCUCUAACCAGGAAAUAAUCAAUGGAGUGUUGUCACUUUAUGGCUCCAUUUCCAUUGAUGUUCCUAAUUACUUCAUGGCUUUUACAGGCACUCCAUGCCAACGCAGCAGAAAGCACCACAUACAUAGUUCACAUGGACAAGUCCCUCAUGCCUCAAGUCUUCACCACCCAUCAAGACUGGUACGAGUCCACCCUUCACUCCACAAAGUUAGCAUCAACAGAUCAAAAUUCAUCCAAGCAAUCACAGAAAUUGGUGUACACAUACAAUCAUGCCAUGCAUGGAUUCAGUGCAGUCCUAUCAUCACAUGAUUUGGAGACUCUGAAGAACACACAUGGCUUUGUCACUGCUUACCCUGACAAAUCUGCCACCAUAGAUACUACACACACCUUUGAGUUUCUCUCCCUGGAUCCCUCCAAGGGGCUAUGGAAUGCAUCCAAUUUAGGAGAAGGUGUAAUUGUUGGUGUUAUUGACAGUGGAAUCUGGCCUGAAAGUGAGAGCUUCAGAGAUUAUGGAAUGACAAACCAAAUCCCAUCCAAAUGGAAAGGAACAUGUGAGGCAGGACAAGACUUCAACACCUCCAUAUGCAACUUGAAGCUAAUUGGAGCUAGAUACUUCAACAAGGGUCUGAUUGCAUCAAACAGCAGCAUCAAAAUCAGCAUGAACUCGGCUAGAGACACUCGGGGACAUGGAAGUCACACAUCAUCCACUGUUGCUGGAAACUAUGUCAAUGAUGCCUCUUUCUUUGGCUAUGCCAAAGGUGUAGCCAGAGGAAUUGCACCGCGAGCGAGGCUCGCGAUGUACAAGGUCCUCUGGGACGAGGGUCGCCAAGCCUCCGACGUUCUCGCUGGAAUGGACCAAGCCAUCGCUGAUGGGGUUGAUGUUAUCUCCAUCUCAAUGGGUUUCGAUGCGGUUCCCUUGUACGAGGACCCGGUUGCAAUAGCUUCUUUCGCAGCAAUGGAAAAAGGGGUUUUGGUUUCAUCUUCCGCUGGAAAUGAAGGUCCUUCUCUAGCCACCUUGCACAAUGGAAUCCCCUGGCUCUUAACAGUUGCAGCAGGCACCAUAGACCGCACAUUCGGUAGCAUAACACUCGGAAACGGUGAAACCAUAGUUGGUUGGACCUUGUUUCCUGCAGAAGCCAUAGUCCAAAAUCUUCCACUUAUUCACAACAAGACUCUCUCAGCUUGCAACUCAGUAGCACUUUUAUCACAAGCAGCCAGAAGAGGGAUCAUUGUAUGUGAUUUCAUAGAAUCAAUCUCAGUAUUCACCCAAAUCAGUUCCAUCACCCAAGCCAGUGCGUUAGGUGCUGUGUUCAUCUCAGAAGAUCCAAAGCUAAUCGAAACCGGCCGCGUGUUCUCACCUAGCAUCGUAAUCAAUCCAAGAGAUGCAACAUCCAUCCUCCGCUACGCGAAAACCGCGAAAAACCCAACCGCCAGCUUGGCAUUUCAACAAACAUUUGUCGGGCAAAAACCAGCACCCGCUGCAGCAUACUACACUUCAAGAGGCCCAUCACCCAGCUACCCAGGAAUCUUAAAACCCGAUGUAAUGGCACCUGGAACCAACGUUCUCGCCGCAUUCGUCCCAAACCAAGUCUCAGCAAGAAUCGGCACCAAUGUAGCCCUCUCCAGUAACUACGCUUUUCUCUCUGGAACUUCCAUGGCGUGUCCUCACGCAUCUGGUGUCGCUGCUUUGCUGAAAUCAGCACACCCAGAUUGGAGCCCAGCUGCUAUAAGAUCCGCAUUGGUCACCACUGCAAACCCACUCGACAACACCCAGAAUCCAAUCAACGACAACGGGAACCCAUUUCAACACGCUUCACCUCUCGCAAUGGGAGCUGGUGAAAUCGACCCCAACAGAGCAUUGGACCCAGGUUUCAUCUACGACGCCACGCCACAGGACUAUGUGAGCCUCCUCUGCGCUCUGGGCUACACGCACAAGCAAAUCCUAACCAUCACAAGAUCGAAAUCAUACAACUGUGAUAACCCGUCUUUCGAUCUGAACUACCCUUCGUUCAUAGCGUUGUAUGGGAACAAAACGAGGUCGAUUGUGCGGAAGUUUCAGAGGGUUGUGACGAAUGUGGGAGGUGGUGGUGCUAGUUACAGAGUGACGGUGGCGCAACCGGAAGGCGCGGUGGUUAAAGUGUCGCCGGAGAUGCUACAAUUUAGCUACGAAAAUGAGAAGCUGAGUUACUCUGUUGUUGUGAAGUAUACGAGGGGUAAAAAGGGAAUUGUGUCGUUUGGGGAUAUUGUUUGGGUUGAAGACGGUGGUGCACGGCGGAGGGUUCGGAGCCCCGUCGUUGUGGCGCCAAAGUGAGUUUGGAAGUUUGAGAUCUGAGAGAAAGAAAAUAAAAAAUAAAUUAAAUAAAUAAAUAAUUAAAUAAAAUUGUAGCUGUCAUUCAGAAGGAUUGAGAGCAGUCAAUUUUUUAGAAUAAUUGAUGAUAAUUGAUGAUAAUAAUAAGACCAAAACUUUGGUAUCAGUGAAUUAAUUUGGUUGAUUUGAGGACAGAA